AUGAGUCAUCAGUUUCAGGAUUUUUUAUCUACUCAUGGCAUUGUUCAUCAAGUCUUAUGCCCUUAUACACCUCAGCAAAAUGGGCUUGCUGAAAGAAAAAAUAGGCAUUUUGUAGAGACUGCCAUUACUCUAUUAACUGAAGCUUCUAUGCCUGACAAAUUUUGGUUUCAUGCAAUGGCACAUUCAGCUUACCUCAUUAAUCGGAUGCCUAGUAAGGUUCUUGCCAAUCAAUCUCCUUAUUUUCGGCUUUUGCAGAAACUGCCUGAUAUCAUAUAUUUGCGUGUGUUUGGGACUGCUGUUUAUCCAUGCUUACGAAAGACCAAUUCUCAUAAAUUGCAACCUCGUACUGCUACUUGUGUGUUCAUGGGAUAUCUUAUGGGCUAUAAAGGCGUUUUGUGCUAUAAUUGUACUACUCACAGAUUUGUCAUCUCUCGCCAUGUCAUCCAUGAUGAGUCAGUGUAUCCUUUCAAGCAUCCCAACACUUUACACUCCAAUAUUAUGUCCUCUGCAUCUCCAACUCUAUCCAUUAAUCUACCUUCCACUCGUGUCAAUCAUCCCUCUUCCUCUCCCGGUCGUCUUGAGUUCUCUCCUGCUGAACCAUUGCAUCUCGUUUCUCCAGAUGCAUCUUCUUCUUCGAUUCAACCUCUAGGGUCCAAAUUUGGUCUGUGUCAAAAGAAGUCUUUUGAGGAUUAUCAGUGUUUUACUUCUAUGCAUGAUUCUACUACUCUUAAUAAGCCUUCUACAUUUCGUGUGGCUUCUUUCUCUCCUGCCUGGAUUAAGGCUAUGGAGGAAGAGAUUUCUGCCUUAACCAUGCAGGGUACAUGGUGUUUGGUACCUCGCCCUGCAAAUACAAAUAUUGUUGGCUCCAAGUGGAUUUACAAGAUCAAAAGAAAUUCAGAUGGGACAGUUUCUCGCUAUAAAGCUCGGCUGGUGGCACAUGGGUUUAGUCAGGAGGCCGGCUUUGACUACGAUGAAACCUUCAGCCCCGUGGUACGUCAUACCACAGUUCGUUUUAUUCUCAGUUUGGCUUCUAUUAAUGGCUGGUCUUUGCGGCAACUCAAUGUCAAGAACGCUUUUCUCCAUGGCGAACUUGACGAGGCUCCAUGGGCCUGGAAUGCCAAGUUCAUGGGCUACUUACCUUCUCUUGGUUUCAAAAUGUCACAUAGUGAUCCAAGUCUGUUUGUGAAGAUUUCAGAUUCAGCUAUCGUUGUAUUGUUGCUCUAUGUUGAUGAUAUUAUUCUCACCGGUUCAAACUCUCACGUUAUUCAAGAGGUUAUUACAGAUCUUGGUUCAAUGUUUGAUCUCAAGGACUUGGGUCCCCUUACCUUCUUUCUUGGCUUACAGAUUUCGUAUAAGUCGAAUGGUGAUCUUUUUAUCAGUCAACAGAAGUAUGCCAAAGACCUUUUAGUCAAGGCUGGGAUGGAAUCAUGUCGGUCAUGUCCAACUCCCUCUAAACCUCACACACAGGUUCUUCCCACAUAUGGUGAACCUUUAAAUGAGCCAUCAGUAUACCGCAGUAUAGUGGAUGCUCUUCAGUACCUAACUUUUACAAGACCAGACCUCGCCUAUUCUGUUAAUACUGUCUGCCAAUUUAUGAACAAUCCCACAGAGGUUCAUUUUCAGUUGGUUAAAAGGAUUUUGUGCUACAUUCAAGGGACUUUGCACUAUGGUCUUACUUACUCUUCAUCUGUUCCAGUUUCGUUGUCUGCAUAUAGUGAUGCAUAUUGGGCUGGUGACAUUACCACUCGACGAUCAACCACAGGAUUUGUUGUCUUCUUGGGUUCCAAUCCAAUUUCAUGGCAGUCUAAGAAGCAGGGGUCUGUCUCCCGUAGCUCCACUGAAGCUGAAAACCAUGCUCUUGCUAAUGCCUUAGCAGAAGUAGCUUGGAUUCAUCAGAUACUUGCAGAUCUUCAUGUCUUUCUCCCAUAA